GAAUGACUUAUUUUAAAAAAAUCAGUUUGAGUGAAUGAUUCAAUGACUCACUCAUAAAGACUUCACUUACUGUAUGAAUCUGUGUUUUUUGAACGAAUCUCUUGAAUGCAUAAUUCAAUGACAAACGUUUUUUAACUUGUCGCCACCUACUGGUGUAAUUAUGUCAUUGAUACAAUCGUUAUUUGAAGCGCCGUGUUACUUUCAAAUGGUGAUUUACUCUUUUUUUUUUUUUUUGCAUCAGUGUUUAUAUCUGAGCUAUAAACUUUUAUCCCAGUACUUCUGUGAUAAUAUGAAUAUUUGUAACACAGAAAUAAUGAUACUGUGUGGUUGAAAAGACUGUUUGUGAAGCUGUUUCAUACCAAUACGGCUCUCUCUGGAUCAGCGGCAGUGCCAACGAAGAUCUGAAUGUUCGCUUGGAUCGUACUUAUCAAAGAUUUAACAGAUAUAGAGCCGAAUCGUUGUCAUUUAGGAAAAAGAUCAUGUGGGUGUUUGAAUUGAGAUUGUGAUCUUUUAAAGGCCCACUGAAGUGCGUAAUUUCCACUAAAACAGGAAGACAGGGUGGGACAUAAUGAACAGAUUUUGAAUGUUUAUAUCUUCUAAAAGGGAAUUUUGUCAUUGUUUUGGAGCACACUAGCUUAUAGAUAACAGUAAGGCUAACAUAUUCAUACUAAAAGCUAAAAAACUUUGAUUUCAUGGGGACUUUAACGAUUAAUCGCGCAGCUCUACAAUAUAGUAGGGAAGUAUUCGAUUUCGGAGCAAGCGAUAGACUUUUUGUGUUUUGUACAUCUCAACCUCAUCUUAAAGACACAGCAGACUCUAACUGAUUAGUCUUCAUCAUAGUAAACAAAUGUUUUAGCAUCAUCUGUGUUCAGCAGAUCAGAACAUCAGCAUACCUGUGAACACGAUGGACUUUGGCCUUUUUUCUUUUCUUUUUUUCUCAGCCCAGCUGCACUAGAUACGCCUACAGGCAUAUUUGCACACCUGCCGCGUAUUCAGACCAACCCAAUGCUGAAUUACCCCUGCGGUCAGAGCGGCUGGACCAUUGUUUCUCUCUCUCUUGGUCUGCGGUCAAACCCCGUUGCGAGCGAGGGGCUCUCCCCGUCCGCCGUGUCCAAACAGAGCCUCUGAAAUCAGCUCUUUUGAGACCUCGCAAACACUGUUGUGGCUCUUGGCUGAGUUUCACUGGCAGAUGAGACACGAUGUUAAGGCCAAGGCCGGUAGUUGGGGAAUAGUUGAACAGUGAGCAGAGAGGAGCGCGUCCACCUCGACCCCUCCACAGCCAUGCACAGCAAGAACCAGAGGAGACACUGCUCGCCCAGCAGCUCCAGGACCCCUCUGGUUCCUGUCAAGGCCAAGAUGUCAGUGGGCCAAAGCGAGGUGGAUCCCCUUCCCUUCCGGGUUCCUCGCGAUUACCCACACUCACGCUUCAGCAAGGCGCCGCUGGCCGUCUAUCCACCCAAGGGAGCCCGAGCCAAGGCCUGCGUGUCUUUACCCGUGGUGAGUCUGGAGAAGAUGCCAUGUUUCAACAGAUCAGAGGGAGCGCACAUCAAAGUCAACUCCUCGUCUCCCACGGCGGGUUCUUCUCUUUCUUUCUCUUCCACGUCUUCCUCUCCAUCGUCCAGUCCUCUCAAGUCCUCCUUGACGUCACCAGCAUCUCUCAAGGGCCAGGAGAAGUUCCUGAACGGUCGCGGUCCUGGGACUCCUCGCUCCACCACGCCUCCGUCGCUGAUUGACAGGCGGCCCAGCCCGUCACGGUCGCCCUUGGAGAAACGCCCCGCCCCCUCGCCCUCCACACAGGACAGGAGACCUGCGGCCUCCACGUCUCCAUCCCUAUUGGACCGGAGACCGAUAGUCCCGCCUUCUCCUCCAGACAAGAAGCAUCAGAAUGGAGCCAAAGGCACAAGGCACCGGAGAGUUUCGGGGCGAGUGUUUGAUCCUAAUAAACACUGUGGAGUUUUGGACCCAGAGACGAAGCGGCCCUGCACUCGUUCGUUAACCUGUAAGACUCACUCUCUGACCCACCGCCGAGCCGUCCCGGGACGGAGGAAAGACUUCGACUUUCUUCUAGCGGAACAUAAGGGACGGGCGAAGGAGAAGGACGUGGGGCAAAAAAAGGAAAUUCAAGCAGGCAGCCAAUCAGUGCAGGUCACACAGUCACAUGACACAGCACCCAGCCAAUCCGCAAGUUGUACCAAUGGCAAAACCACUCCCUCUCUCAAACUACGGCUGGCCAAUUCACACUUGCACAGCAGGGUGUCUGGCAGCGUCGGUGCUGUCCUGCUCAGCUCUGCACCCGCUCCUCCUCCUCCUGAACCUGCGCCCGGCUGGCAGAGAUGCAGCGGAGACGCACGUCUGUCCAGCGAUGAAGGCGAGGCCGACCUCCCUGAAGAGACCGAGAAGCCGCUGUACCAUUAUUCUCCACACCACCCACAACCCAUGAGCUGUUGUGCGUUUAGCAGUCGGCUGAUGGGAAGAGGUCACUACGUGUUCGACAGACGGUGGGACCGGGUGAGGCUGGCGCUGCACUGCAUGGUGGAAAAACACGUCAACUCUCUCAUGUGGAGGAAAGUCCCCCUAGCGGUGGAGAGCGUGACGAGCACUUCCCCCUGCCCGUCUGAAGUCUCUCCCCUCGGCUCAGCGUUCCCGCCCAACCACACGCUCACGGCUCCUCUGGAGGGCGUCUCGAUGCUCUCAUACUCCACCUCUUUCUCUCAGAACGGCGCUGGUGUUUUCUGCAUCAGGGACCCCGAGCCCGGACCCCGACUGCAGCGGAAUAAACCGGCCAGGCCACCGAAAGCCUCAGGGGAAGGACCAGGACCCAGAAAGCGGAAAGCGCCUCCCACUUCUGAAUCAGGGGCUUGCCGUAAAAGCGGGAACAGCUACCAUCUGCCACCGGGCGCUGCGCUCAUCAGUAACGGGACGGCGGCCCUUAGCGUGCGAGCCAAGCCCCGGCCAGGGGGACAGGGGCCGAGGGACCAGGACAGGUACGGCGGUGUGGAGCUGUCCCUCCCGCAGGCGCUCACCGGGGAUCACGGGGGCGUCUCGUCCCACAGCCCGCUGCCCUGCGCUUCCUCUGACGGGAGGAAAAGGAAGAGCUCUGGAUCGAGCGCUGGCAGCGACAAACCCAGUAAAACCUCUAAAUCCACAGCACUGGACGGGAUAUUCAGGAAGAGCAGCACCGGUCUGCUGUCGUCGGUCGCUGAAACGGCCCACAGCGCCCUCCCCAGACAGCCCAAGGUCCCUCACUGACGCAGUGGGAGUUUGAGAAGAGUUUUGUGGUGACGCUGGAAUGGCACUCAGCACUGGACGUCCUGUGGAUCCUGAGGGCUGUAGAGUCCUGCCUUUAUCCCCACCGCUGCCUCUUAUCACGCUACGGUUGAGUCACGGCGUUCUCGUUCCCGUUCCGUUCCGCACCCGUUAGGAAUAAACUCGUCUGUUUGAGAGUUUAUGGAAGAAUGAUGUCUCUCGUUUCCUUUGAAAUGACCAUAUUCACAAACUUCAGUUUCACACAGAUUCAGAUUCUUUUGAUUUAACCAGUACACAACAAGUUUCAGACUUUCAGCGAUACACUUAUGGAGUUUCAUUUUGAUUUUCGUGUGGAUGGCGACAACAUGGAGGAAAACCCUUCAGACUCAACCGUGUCAAUCUAAAGUGCACUUAAUUUCAUGCCUGAACUACACAAAAGGAGGACGUUUCAACCAAGGGAAUAUUUUACAGACGCUUUUUUUGGCAAGUCGUAUUUUUCUAAAUUGGAUGAAUUGAGGUUUUUGAGUAUUUGUUUUUGACACACAAGUGUUUUGUGGAUUCAUAAAGUCAGGACUCGUACCCUUGUUGUAAAGCAACUUUAACCGGUGAUGAAUUUUGUAUAAUAAUUUAUCGUCUUUAUUAAUUUUCUAACUGACCUGAUUAGUGCUUCACACGUUGAGCAGAAGUAUAUUUGUAUGCCAUUUUAAAAGUUUUAAGUAUUAUAGAGACCCUAUUGUUGGAAAUGUGUACAUAUCUUUUAUUUUAAUUUUGUUUUUUUUGUAUUUAUUGUUCGCAUCUCUCAGAGGUUCAAGGAUUUAGUGGUUUCUAUCUUCCUCAGUUAUAUGUCUCUUCAUAGACCUAACCAUGAAAGGGCCGAACAUCUUCUCUUGUCCCAUUAUUUAGACUCUCGGAUUAUUUUUUUAAAGGAAUACUAACUGAAAUGAUGAUGAUGUACCCACAGGAUCCCAGAUUCUAGAGGAAAGGUACAUUGCAGUGAGCCAGUAUUGGUAGUCGGCUGAGGUCUGUUGCCAAUUUUUAUUUUUUAAAGAUGUCAUGAGGUCAAUAUGUGUACCUUUUAGUGUUUAACCACCUGAAAUGAAGACCUUCUCAAAGAGCUGUUUACUUCCUACUUACAUUACUGUUUAAUCCUUAUUUAGCAAUACAUUGCUCAAAGGUGACAUUGAUAUACUUUCUAUUUAUCACAGAAUCCUGAAAAACUAUCACCGUUUCCACAAAUAUAUUAAGCUGUUUUCAACGUUGAUAAUAAUCAGAAAUGUUUCUUGAGCAGCAAAUCAGCAUAUCAGAAUGAUAUCUGAAGGAUCAUGUGACACUGAAGACAGGAGUAAUGAUGCUGAAAAUUCAGAUUUGAUCACAGGAAUAAAUUACACUUUACAAUGUUUCCACCACUAAAUAAAAAAGGCAAUUCUGACUUUAUAACUCACAAUUCUGACUUUAUUUCACAAUUCUGACUUUAUUUCCCAAUUCUGACUUUAUUUUGUGCAAUUGCGAGUUUUUAUCCCACAAUUUUGAUUUUAUAUCCCGUAAUUAUGACUUUAUUUCACACAAAUGUUUAUAUCCCGCAAUUCUGACUUUAUAUCCCACAAUUAUGAUUUCAUUUCACGCAAUUGUGAGUUUAUAUCCCAUGAUUCUGACUUUAUAUCCCACAAUUCUGACUUUAUAUCCCACAAUUCUGACUUUAUAUCCCGCAAUUCUGACUUUAUUUCACGCAAUUGUGCGUUUAUAUCCCGCAAUUCUGACUUUAUAUCACUCAAUUCUGACUUUAUAUCCCGCAAUUCUGACUUUAUUUCACGCAAUUGUGCGUUUAUAUCCCACAAUUCUCACUUUAUAUCCCGCAAUUCUGACUUUAUUUCUCAAUUCUGACAUUAUUUCUCAAUUCUGACUUUAUUUUGUGCAAUCGUGCGUUUAUAUCCCGCAAUUCUGACUUUAUAUCCCACAAUUCUGACAUUAUAUCCCGCAAUUGUGCGUUUAUAUCCUGCAAUUCUCACUUUAUAUCCCGCAAUUAUGACUUUAUUUCAUGCAAUUUUGAGUUUAUAUCCCACAAUUCUCACUUUAUAUCCAGCAAUCCUGACUUUAUUUCGCGCAAUUGUACGUUUAUAUCCCGCAAUUCUGACUUUAUAUCACUCAAUUCUGACUUUAUAUCCCGCAAUUCUGACUUUAUUUCACGCAAUUGUGCGUUUAUAUCCCACAAUUCUCACUUUAUAUCCCGCAAUUCUGACUUUAUUUCUCAAUUCUGACAUUAUUUCUCAAUUCUGACUUUAUUUUGUGCAAUUGUGCAUUUAUAUCCCGCAAUUCUGACUUUAUAUCCCACAAUUCUGACAUUAUAUCCCGCAAUUGUGCGUUUAUAUCCUGCAAUUCUCACUUUAUAUCCCGCAAUUAUGACUUUAUUUCAUGCAAUUUUGAGUUUAUAUCCCACAAUUCUCACUUUAUAUCCAGCAAUCCUGACUUUAUUUCGCGCAAUUGUACGUUUAUAUCCCGCAAUUCUGACUUUAUAUCACUCAAUUCUGACUUUAUUUCUCAAUUCUGACUUUAUUUUGCGGAAUUGCGAGUUUGUAUCUCGCAAUUCUGACUUUCUAUCCUGCAAUUCUGACUUUAGUUCCCGCAAUUGCGAGUUAUAAAGUCAGAAUUGUGAGAUAUAAACUAACAAUUGAGAAAUAAAGUCAGAAUUGCGGGAUAUAAAGUCGCAAUUAUCUUUUAAAUUGUUUUAUUCCAUGGUGGAAACAAGCUUCCUUAAAUUGUAAUAAUAUUUCACAAUUUUUACUGUAUUUGUGAUCAAAUAAAUGCAGCCUUUGUGAGCAGAAGAGGCUCAUUUCGAAAAAGUUUUUGCUUAAUUAAGUAGUGGUGUACAUGUUCCUGGUCUCGUGCUGAUUAAGAUUAUAAUAAAUGUUUCGGCACAUAAUGACUGAUUUUAAAGUGGCAUUGAAUCUCACUGAACAUGCCAUUUCAUGUUGACGUCAGAGGAGAAGUGUGUAAUUUCUGCACCACUAUCCUCACCAAACAAAACAAUGAUUAUUUCCGAACAGGUUUCCCAAAGCUUUCGCAUAAUUCACAACCUGAGCUUCAUCUCUGAGAAGGUCUUCAUCUCUAACAUAAGAUUAUUAAUAUUCAAACAGGCAGAACUCCUGUAAAGAUCCUUUAUUUUUUUGCACUUUUUGUCAUUUUCCUUCAAGAUUUGAGUACUCGUUUAUUUAUGAAAGUAUUGCUAUAUGAAUUUAACGAGGAGAAAUAAUCAUGUAUAGUUGUUCAGACUCUGUGAACCCUGCUUCUGCUGUUUGCUGUGACCCCCAAAAACAUGUACGAUUUUUACCGUGUUGCCUUGCUGCCAAUGCGAACCAGAGCUAGAAACCAACCCGGAUCCCUUCCGCACCAUCUUUAAUGGUUGAAGAAGUGCUUCCAUGUGGAGUUUCCAGGCCGGCCGGCUGUGACGUUCCCACCCGAUCCACACCGGAGAAAGAAAACUGCCUGGGAUGAGGAUGUUCGGUUACAUGUUUUGCCUUUUCCCGUUGCACAUCAAUCAUUAGAGAUUAUUCUAUAGAAUUAUUGACACAAUAAUAUAUAUUUUUUCAGAAAAGCGUGAAGGGCCAGUUAAGUAAACUGAAUGACUCGGAUUGCGAUUGUAAUACGAUCUUACGGCUCUUUGUUUUGGUGCCACAAAACAAUGUUGAACUGUAACUAAGCUGUAUGAAGUAUUAUUAUUCGAAACACGUCCCUCUUGUAGAAAUUAAUGAAUGUCACCCUGGCAUAGCAGUGCAAUUUUAUUUUUAUUUAUAUAUAUAUUUUUUUAUAUUUACUUUUUUUUUUUUUUUUUUGCAUCUUUUUUUAUUUAUUUUGGUUUGUUUCAUUCUUAUUUUCAUUGGCUGAUUUUACAAGGAAUUGGGUGAGAUUCCAAUUGUCAGUAAAUGUAUUUUAAGCUAUUUUUCGGUUACACGUCGAACUCAAAAACGCAUGCAGAUUUUUCUUUUUUCUGUGAAAGAGAAAGACACGCCGCUUGCUUCCAAGUAAAGGAAAAUGCCUGAAGCAAUAUGAAUUAAUGUUCUCCAUACAGUCAGUUGGUCUGCUGAUGUUGUUGCAUGUGUCCACACUACUACUUUUGCCAUUUUUAUGAAUGUCUUUGCUAAAUCGGUGAUUUGCAGCUCAUCGGACGUCCACCCUUUACUCUUCCGCGACGCGUUUGUCCACGAUGUGUUCCAGCGACACCUUCAGUGCUUCAGUGAUCCAGCCGUAACAAUUGUAAAGAUUUCGAAGGCCUUAUUUUUAUACCUGGACUCUCGUACAGAAUCGGAGGUGUGAAGAGGCGUUUCUCUCAUUCCUAAGACGAGCAGCGUGUCCUUUAUACAGUGUGUGUCCUGUGGGUCACCGUGUUCUCAAUGAUAUAGAUGUGUAUUUUCAGGUUUGAUGAUAUUUUGCAUUUCAGCUGUUACAGAAAUACAUUUUUCUUACCUGCUCA